AUGAAGCUGGACGUGGCCGGGGUCUGCAUGCUGGUGCUGGUGCUGAUGACCGCAGUGCUGACCGGGACAGGAGCAGGUCCUGUUCCCAGGCGCCACAGGGCCCUCCCAGGUGCAAGGGGCUGCCACAUAGCCCAGUACAAGUCUCUGUCCCCAGGAGAGCGGCUGGCCUUCAAGAAUGCCACGGAUGCCUUCGAAGAGUCCUUCUGGCUGAAGAACCACACCUGCCGCUCCCGCCCCUUCCCCAGGACCUGGGACCUGAGGCAGCUGCAGGUGUGGGAGCGCCCCGUGGCCCUGGAGGCUGAGCUGAACCUGACUCUGCGGGUGCUGGCUAACUCGUCCCUGGGGGACGUCCUGGACCGGCCCCUUGGCACGCUGAGCCACAUCCACUCUGAACUGCAGGCCUGUGUGGCUGCUCAGCCCACAGAGGGUCCCAGACCCCGGGGCCGCCUCCACCAGUGGCUGCGCCGGCUCCUUGAGGCCCAAGAGGAGGAGCCCUGGGGCUGCCUCGAAGCCUCUGUCAUGUUCAACCUCUUCCGUCUCCUCACCAAGGACUUGACGUGUGUCGCCAGUGGAGACCUGUGUGUCUGA